GCCGAGCGGGAGCCGGAGUCUGAGGCGGCAGUGGCGGCGGCGGCGGCGGCGGUAGCGGCAGCGGCAGCGGCAGCAGCGAGAGAAGCGGGGACGGCGAUGUCUGUGCAGGUCGUGUCAGCAGCUGCUGCCACCAAGGUGCCCGAGGUGGAGCUGAAGGACCUAAGCCCCCCGGACCCCGAACCGCAGCUCGGGAUGAGCGCGGCGGCCGUGGCCGCCAUGACCCCUGCGGCGGGCGCCGGGGACCCUGAAGCCCCGGCCCCGGCCCCAACCUCGGCCCCGGCUCCGGCUCCGGCCCCGGCUCCGGCUCCGGCCCCGGCCGCGGAGCGCCCCCCGGCCCCCGGCCCCGCCGCUCUCAGCCCCGCCGCCGCCCCGCCCGCCGGGAAGGUGCCGCAGGCGUCGGCCAUGAAGCGGAGCGACCCGCAUCACCAGCACCAGCGGCAUCGCGACGGCGGCGAGGCCCUAGUCAGCCCCGACGGCACGGUCACCGAGGCGCCCCGCACCGUCAAGAAGCAGAUCCAAUUUGCUGACCAAAAGCAAGAAUUCAACAAACGUCCCACCAAGAUUGGACGCCGCUCUCUGUCCCGGUCUAUCUCUCAGUCAUCUACUGAUAGCUACAGUUCAGCGGCUUCAUACACAGAUAGCUCUGAUGAUGAAACUUCCCCACGGGACAAACAGCAGAAGAACUCCAAGGGUAGCAGUGACUUCUGUGUCAAGAACAUCAAACAGGCAGAGUUUGGCCGACGAGAGAUUGAGAUAGCAGAGCAAGAGAUGCCAGCAUUGAUGGCUUUGAGGAAGAGAGCUCAGGGAGAAAAACCUUUGGCUGGAGCCAAGAUUGUGGGCUGCACUCACAUCACUGCUCAGACCGCGGUACUCAUGGAGACAUUGAGUGCUUUAGGGGCUCAGUGUCGAUGGGCUGCCUGCAACAUCUACUCUACCCUCAAUGAAGUGGCUGCUGCCCUUGCAGAAAGUGGAUUCCCUGUCUUUGCGUGGAAAGGAGAAUCAGAAGAUGACUUCUGGUGGUGCAUUGACCGCUGUGUGAAUGUAGAGGGGUGGCAGCCCAACAUGAUCCUGGAUGAUGGAGGAGACCUAACCCAUUGGAUUUAUAAGAAGUAUCCCAACAUGUUUAAGAAAAUCAAGGGUAUAGUAGAAGAGAGUGUUACAGGAGUUCACAGGCUCUACCAGUUAUCCAAGGCUGGGAAGCUGUGUGUGCCAGCCAUGAAUGUCAAUGAUUCAGUCACCAAACAGAAGUUUGACAAUCUCUACUGCUGUCGGGAGUCCAUUCUUGAUGGGCUUAAAAGGACAACAGACAUGAUGUUUGGUGGGAAGCAAGUGGUAGUCUGUGGCUAUGGAGAGGUGGGGAAGGGGUGCUGUGCCGCCCUGAAGGCCAUGGGUUCCAUAGUGUAUGUGACUGAGAUUGACCCCAUCUGUGCUCUGCAGGCCUGCAUGGACGGAUUUCGACUUGUGAAACUGAAUGAGGUCAUCCGGCAGGUGGACAUUGUCAUCACUUGUACAGGUAAUAAGAAUGUGGUGACAAGAGAGCACUUAGAUCGCAUGAAGAACAGCUGCAUCGUUUGUAACAUGGGACAUUCCAAUACUGAGAUUGAUGUGGCAAGUCUUCGUACCCCAGAACUGACCUGGGAGCGGGUGAGAUCUCAAGUUGAUCAUGUAAUCUGGCCAGAUGGAAAGAGAAUAGUGUUAUUGGCAGAGGGCCGCCUGCUGAACCUGAGCUGCUCUACAGUGCCUACAUUUGUGCUCUCCAUCACUGCCACUACUCAGGCUCUGGCUUUGAUAGAGCUUUACAAUGCCCCAGAAGGACGCUAUAAACAAGAUGUCUACCUGCUGCCCAAGAAAAUGGAUGAGUAUGUGGCAAGUCUUCACCUGCCCACCUUUGAUGCACACCUGACGGAGCUGACAGAUGAGCAGGCCAAGUACCUGGGCCUCAACAAGAACGGACCCUUCAAACCUAACUACUACAGAUAUUAAGUUCCUGUAAUUGAAGCCAGAUGACAUUUUAAGGAACAGGACCCCAAUUCUUUUCUCCUCUACUGUACAGGACAAAACCCAGCAAGCUGCUUCCCUGAUCAGAGCCGCCCGCCAUGCUCAUCCCAUAGACCAUGUGUUAGAGUAUUUAUUUAUUAAAAACUAGAAUCCUGUGCCCUCAGCCUCAGCCCAUGGUGUGGUUACUGCCCUGAGGCUGUGAGAGCCACGGAGGAUGGACUGGGAGGAAGGAAGAAAGGGAGUGGGGAGCCCCCCUCCACCCACCCUUUGCAUCUUCUGCAUCAUUCUCCAUUAGUUUUGAGUUUUUGUCAUGGCCGUGUCUGUUGUCCAAGGUACAUUCAGGGAUUCCUGAGUCUUUGUCCCCAAGGAUUUUUUUUUUUGGAGGGGGGAAGGGGGAAGUUUUGUGACAGAUCUUCAGUAGCUCUUCAGUACCCUCUCAUCCUUCCCUAAGGGAGGACUCUGGAAAGCCACUCAGUCAGCAUGGCCAUAGGGCCUCAGCCUUGGCCAGCACUAUCACUGCCUUCUCUGACAAAGCUAUUGAGAGGGAAGGGUGAAAGUUUCAGUGAACCCCACAAAAAUUCAGCUAUACCUGCCUCUACUGGGGGUCCCCUUCCUUAUAAAAGAGUCCUGUUUAUAUGUUUAUGGCCAUUUGGACAUUGAUUCUCAGGAGACUGUGCCUCCAUGACUUUCUCGGCAGCUCUGGUAUUGCUUGGAUUUUUUUUUUAAGUCAGUUUUCCAACUCAACCAAAGCUCUGCUCAGGAAGUGGGAACCAAAUCCAUGAGGAUCUGUCACUUUGUUCUCAUGCCAUAUGACUGGAUAAUGUCUCAGGAAGCCCGUCUAGGCAAAAUUGGAAUAAUCUCGGAGGAGAAUUUGUAAGACUCGGUUUCUCCCCAUCUUCCUGUUGCUGCCCAGAAUUGCCUCUGAGACUGAGCAAAGAAAGAAUAUGCAAAUAUUCCUCAGGCAGCUCAAGUAUGUUUAGAGUUCAAUAAUGGAACAGGCUCCCCAGCCUGCAGUUUAGCGAAUUUGGAACACCACCUAAAUUGGCUAAGAAUUCCUGUCUUCUGGGGGAUUUCCAGUUUGAUUAAGUGGCUGAGCCAUUUUAUAAGUAUCACUGGACUUAUAUGUCCAGAGGAUCACAAGCUAGUUUGAUUAGUUCUGCUUCAUCAAACAUUUAUCCCUGUGGUCAUUACCAGCAAUGGAGCCACGAUCCAGUUUCUCCGCUGUCUGGCUUGUGUUCUUUCUUCUCUGCUGAAAUCUCUCUGCCCAGCCUCUUCCUUCUCUUUUUCCACCCCCAGUCCUCAAUUCUGUUUAAGAAUCCUGUGUUGUCCAUCAUCUCAGGGUGAUUUCUGAGGCAACGCUAAUGUCACAUAGAAUUUGUUAAGAUCAGUGUCCUGAGACUCUAGCUCAUUCCCCCCUGUGUAUUCAGCUUUGGUUCUUCCCUUGGAAGUACCUGGUGCUGGUACAGGACUGGACUGGGCCAGCUCUUGCAAGGGUCUGGUUGGUCUGAAGGAACCCAAAGAGAUCGAGUGGAUUCCAGGGAUUGAUGUCAGUGUUAGGUUGGAUCUAGGGCAGUCCCAGCUAUCUCUGACCACUUAGGAACUUCAGACCUACCUGAAAGCUACCAUAAACCAUUUGAUUUUAGAAUAUCAUGUGGACUACUUCUAGUCUUUCAGGAUAGCUUUGACCUAGGCCAGGUCUUCCAGGGCUACACUAAGUUCUUUUGCCCUACUCCAUCCCUUCAGGCCUUACCUAAUCUUCAUCUUUUACCCUCAGGGCCAGCCUGGAAGUGACCUUAACUUUGGGGAUAUGGAGAGGAGAGGCUUAAACAGGUGACCGUUGGCCUCAGUAAACUAUAUUUGCUAGGUUCUAAUCUAUAAACCCAAUCUUCUAGAGAACUAUUGGUAAUUGUUGAAUCCCAUUUAAGCUCUUGGUACUUGAGGGUAUCCCUUCUGAACUCUAUUAUGCUUCCUUCUAAGGAAGAUCAUCGAUGUCUAGAUUCUUCAGCAGACAGUUCCUUCUGACCUGCUCUAUUCUACCCUCCUCUCCUACGCAGUGCCAUGUUUCAUGGGCACUUAAUUGGUCCCCCAAUCUCCCAAACAGCAGAGUCUAUCAGUCAGGUACCUUGGACUCUGACAUUCCCUUGAGUCAGAGGCCCCAACCUACUGUUCUAAAGGGCCUGGUUCUGUAAAGAGCCCAGUACCUGGAAGUUACAGAUUAUGGACUACUCAGUUUGUUAAAGAACCCCUUGUCUUAUAUAAAUUAAGAUGAAGAAGGUGGUGCCCUAGAGUUCCAGAUAACCUAUCUUCACUUCUCCUGGAGUCUGUGCCCAUUAUCCCCAGACUGGAACCAGGAAUUAGAUACCCUUAGUUUGACACCUAGGCGGUACCCUUCCUUGUCCAUCUUGAGUUUGGGACCUAUCAGAUUAGUGCUUCAGGUACACAGUCCAAUUAUCUGGGAACAGAGGAAAGAGCUACUUGUUCUGUGUCUGGCUCCAGCAUGUUGGAGGUGCUGUUCUCAUCAUUGAAUUUAUUGAUUCUUAGUCCUUAUUUUAACUUCUAUGUAGAUAUUUAUAUAUUUUUUUUAAAUAAGAAAAAUAAAACUGAAUGUCCCCCCUCCCUCUCCCACUUCUGAGCACAGCUCCCCAUAGCCAUGCACUCCUAUAAAGCUUUUUCUGCUGCUGGCUUCUCUCUCAACAGAUCCAGAAUUGCUGCUAUGCUCCUAUGGUUGUCUCAGCAUUAAACUCUGUCAUGAUUUUUAAAAAGAAAUCAAAAUGCAUUGUUGCAUAAUGCUUUUUAAUUAAAAAAUUAGGAACAGAAAAUAGGCAACACCAGCAAAUUAUACAUGGACAAGUCAUUCAAUUCUGAACUCAAAAUAUAUAUAUAUAUAUAUAUACGUAUAUAGACAUAUAUAUCACAUAAAAUAAUCAUCUAAUUCUUAUUGUCAUUCUACUAAAAGGAAAUAAAAUCUUUGAGGAUCUACCAUUCCAAAAGACUGUUGGAAAUCUUCAUGUCUGAGUGAUUGUAUUAGAUCAGCAAUAACUAUUCUGUAAUCUCAAAACAAAUAAAAUGUUCACAAAUUGA